AUGUGGAUUAAGAAGGCAGACUUGGAAGUGGGGGCUGGCUUGCUUUUGUCUCUUCUUCAGUCAAAAGGUGGAGUUGCUCCCCACCUUUGGGAGUUUUCUGCUGAGUUCUCAGCCUACAGAAGCCUUGCUCCAAGCCAAGACAGAUUUUCCAAGAGAAGGCAACUUCAUUUUCAUGGCAAACCCUCAGACCCACGAACCUUCUCCCAACUCUGUCCUUCUCGGACCCCGAACCACUGUAGGCAGAGCAGGAGGUGGCACCAGAGGUUCCGAUGGGGCGGUGGGGACGACCCCCUUGAGAACUGUAUUUGCAGCUGUCGAAGAGUAGCCAACAAGCACCAGAUUUAUAAGCACUUUGAAAGAAGCCCCUUAACCAUUGGCUUUUUGAGCGGAGCUGUCGCUAGGGAGCAGCGGGCAGGGAGAGCACAAGCUGGGGAUAAGCCCAGGUUGUUUGUUGUUGUAACCUGCGAGAGGGGCACACGCACUCUACACUCGUACACACGCUCCAGCGACCCACGCCCACAGCCCAGGCCGAGCCCCUCCAGGCUUGGGGAGCCCAAGCUUGCUAGCUCCUGUCCCCGCCCCAGUCCAGGGAGAAGGUGGGUGGGCCCCCAGCAGAGGCGCGUUCUGCCCGCACUCGGCGCCGGCCCCUGCUGUCUCUCCAUGGCGUCGUAUCAGCAGUCCCGGAUCCAGGCUUACCUGGAGAAGAACAAGAUCGGUCCCCUGUUUGAGGAACUGAUGACCAAAUUGAUAACCGAGACGCCUGACCAGCCGAUCCCGUUCCUCAUUGACCAUCUCCGGUCCAAACAAGGAAACCGUGGGCAGCUUCAGAGAACUUUAUCUGGAUCUGCAGCCCUCUGGGCAGAAAGCGAACCAGCAGAACAUAAAGGAACAAGAAGGGAUUUCAGAAGCUAUGAUAAGCCUUGGCAAUUAAAUGCAAAGAAGCCAAAAAAGUCGAAAAGUGACCUUGCUGUGUCUAAUAUUUCUCCACCAUCACCAGAAUCCAAAUCAUUGCCAAGGUCAGUAGACCAUCCUAAGUGGAACUGGCGAACUAAACCAGAAAGCCGUGAUUUUGAUGAAUUGAACCACAUCCUUCAAGAGAGCAAGAAGCUGGGAAAAGCCCUUGAGAAGCUCUCUCGAAGUAUUGCAAUUUCAGAUGAACUUGAUAAGGAAGCAGUGGCCUUUAACUCCUCUCUUCUGAGACCCUGUGUGAUUGGGGAAUGGAUCGGUCGAGAAGAGAAUGAUGCUGAUCCAUUAGCGGCCGAAAUGCUGCAGCCCCCAAUUCCAAGAAGUAAAAAUGAACAAUGGGAAAGUGAAGAUAGCAGCUCUAGCCCCGCAGGAAGCUUAAAGGUGGAACCCAAGACCAAAGGAUUGAAACAACAGCAACAGCAACAUAAGAGGCUGCUGGCAGCGAUGCUCUCUCAAGAUUCUUUCGAGUCUAUUCACAGCCCUACCCCUUCUGUAACAGAAGAAGAUAUUGAUAAUGAAGAUGAUGCAAUGGAAUUGCUGGAGGAUCUUGAUGAUUUAAGAAUGGAGGGAGUAACUACUCUGGUACCUUCUGGGAGCAAAUUUAACCAAGGUCGUGCUACUCACCCUGCUGAACCUCAGGCCAAGGUCACACUGAACAUCUGUUCAAGGUGUGCCAGGCUUCAAGGAGACAACCUGGCAGAGAGAGCAGAUGAGACGUCACAAAUACUUCAUUCUCCAGAUGAAAUAAUCCCGGAUUCUUCGAACUCUUUACCUGGGACUGAAGAAGCACUAAUGGAGGAGGGUGAAGAAUUUGAGAAAGCAUCUAAAUUAAUGGGACAUGGAGAAGCCCCCAGUGGAGGACAGUCAUUGAAAAACUACAUGGAAGAAGAUGAAUCUUUAAAGCAGUUGCAGGUGGUUCACCAACCGUGGAUCUUGCCAAGUGACACAGAAAGUGAAGGAGUGGAAGCAGAGCCAGAGAAACGUUCUACUGAUCUUCUUCUUUGUGUUCCGUGUUCUUCUUGUCCUACUCUGGUCUACUCUGGUCUGUGAAACAGGCAGAGGUUGCAAGUGGUCCUUAAGGAAAUUGCAAUUAUUCAAAUCCUUAUGUAUAGUUCUAAUUUC